AUGACCAGGCUGCCUAUUGAGGUCCCGCUCACCGCACCUUCCGAUCAGGGACCUGCACUUUCCAAUAACGACACUACCCCGCACUCUGCCAUGAGCCUCGACGAUCAAGAGCCAAUGCAGUGGACUGCCCCAACCAACUUCCUCCUCAGCUCCAUGACCCAGAAUGGCGCGGGCUACAAUGCGUCUAACCCGUUUCCACCUGGUACCGGAGACUUCUACAACUACGCCGAGAACGGAAUGUCCUACAACGACAACUUCGGUAUCGCGUACCCGACUCAGUAUUCAAACGCAAGCUGCCCCCGAUCCUACACCGGCGUUGACCUCUCUGGCCUUCCUGCCGAUAUCAGUAUGACCGAUUCACAUCCACCCACUGCAUAUCACAUCGAACCGCCGAACCACCUUGACGCUAUGGACUUGUCAGACCAUGAGAUCAGCGGCCAGCUCAUGCAACUGAGCAACGACUUUGACCAUCAUCCUUAUGGUGCGCAUAUGAAGGUCGAGGAUUCCAACGGCUACCAGAGUCCGUACUCAGACCUGACCCGCGCAUCCACUCCUCAUGACGAUCCGCCUCGACAUCCCCACGACCUCUCGGGAGAUGGCGUCAUCGACAAAGAGCAGCCUUACGCGCAGCUGAUCUACCAAGCCCUCCUCAACGCGCCCAACAAUACAAUGAUACUCCGCGAUAUCUACGAGUGGUUCAAGGCCAACACCGACAAGGCUAGCGCCUCGGAGACAAAAGGCUGGCAGAACAGCAUCCGACACAAUCUGUCGAUGAACGGGGUGAGUCAUGUCUCCUCUUCCUUCACCGUUCUACGUCUCUUCUCUAGUACAUACUAA